AUGGCUUACCAAGCCACCGUAAAGACCCAGAGGAAAGUCCUGAGUAAUUAUUCUAACUCUUGCCGCACCAGCUUUAGUCCCAGCAGUCUCUCUGGGGUUGGUUCUGGUUUGAGCAGGAUUGCUGGUGGCAGAGGUUUUGGCAACCAAAGCCUCUACAAUUUAGGUGGAUCUAAGAGCAUCUCAAUUGGUGGUGGAGCUUCUGGAGCUUGUUUAGGUAGUGGCAUUGAUGGUGGAUAUGGGCCUGGUGGUGGCAUAGGUGGUGGCAACUUUGGAUUACUUGGAUCUGAGUUUGGUAGUGGCAGAAGUACCCUUGGGAUCCCUGUUCGUACAAUCCAAGAAGUAACUAUCAAUCAGAACCUGCUGGCACCUCUCAACCUGGAGAUUGACCCAAAUAUACAGAAAGUCCGUAGAGAGGAGGGGGAGCAACUCAAGACACUCAACAACAAAUUUGCCUCCUGUAUAGAUAAGGUGCGUCUCCUUGAACAACAGAAUAAAUUGUUGGAAACUAAAUGGGCGCUGCUUCAGGAGAAAGGCCAGAAAACCUCUGGAUUCAGUCUUGAGGACCUUUUCAAUUCGUACAUUGGCACCCUCAGGAAUGUGCUGGAGUUCCUGGAAAAUGACAAAGGAAGGAUGGUUGGGGAACUGAAUCAGAUGCAGGAGGUUGUCAAGGACUACAUGAGCAAAUAUGAAGACGAGAUCAACAAACAUACAACUGCAGAGAACUGUUUUCUAACUCUUAAGAAUGAUGCAGAUGCUGCUUACAUAAGAAAUGUAGAGCUACAUACGAAGAUAAUGACUUUGAUUGAUGAGAUCAACUUCCUCAGAAUCAUAUUUGAAGAUGAAAGUACAGAUCUGCAGCAAAUCACUGAUACUUCUGUGGUUCUCAGUAUGGACAACAACCGCAUCUUCAAUUUGGACAGCAUCAUUGCCGAAAUCAAAAGGGAAUAUGAGGAAAUUGCACAAAGGAGCAAGGAUGAGGCUGUGUUUUUGUACCAAAGGCAGUAUGAAGAGCUUCAGAUUGCCACUGGGAGAUAUAAGGAGGAUCUCUGGAAGACCAAACAUGAGAUUGCAGAAAUGAAACGACACAUCCAGAGACUGCAGACUGAACAUAACAGCGUGAAGAAGCUGUGUGCCAACCUGCAGGCAGUGAGUAAUGAGGGAGAAAAGCGUGGUGAGCUGGCCCUCAAAGAUGCCAGGCAGAAACUGGCAGAGCUGGAAGAAGCUCUGCAGAGAGCUAAAGAGAAUUUAGCCCAGCAGGUGAAGGACUCCCAGGGUCUGUUAAGCACCAAGCUAGCCCUGGAUGUUGAGAUUGCCACCUACAUGAAACUUCUGGAAGGAGAGGAAUGCAGGUUGGCCAACGAUGGAGAGGGUGUAGUCAACAUCCGUAAGUUGGCCAACGAUGGAGAGGGUGUAGUCAACAUCCGUAAGUAUCCUUUGGAAUAUUCCUGUUUUGGGGAUCAUGGUUAUUCACCAAGCAAGAAGGGUUCCCAAGGUCUGGACUUAAUUGUCCCCUGA